GCUAUAUAUUCUAGUGCUCCAAGCAGUGUGGCUUUGCUGCAUCUUCCACUGCCACUCUCCCCCUCCUCCCACUGAAUCAUUCAUCUUUUGAAAUAUUUUUAUUUCUCCUCUCAAGGCAAAAGAGCACACUUGACUCUUGCCUUCCUCACCAUCCAAUCCCUCCUCUCCUGCUCCAGUAUCUCUCUCUCUCUCUCUCUAGCUCUAUCGCUCCCUUGAAGGCAAUGCCAGCUCCAGUAUUCUCCAACAGGCCAUUGGCCUUGGUACUUGUGCUCAUUGCUGCACUGUGCAGUCUGGGUUCUUGCAAUGGAGGUGCAGACAGGAUCAGGAGGCUCCCUGGGCAGCCUGAGGUGAGCUUUGAGCAGUACUCAGGCUACAUUGUUGUGGAUGAGAAGGGCAAGAGGGCUCUCUUCUACUACUUUGUGGAGGCAGAGGUUGAUCCUGCCACAAAGCCCGUUGUCCUCUGGCUCAAUGGAGGGCCUGGGUGCUCUUCCCUUGGUGUAGGGGCCUUCUCAGAGAACGGCCCCUUCAGGCCUAGUGGGCAGGUGCUGGUGAAGAAUGAGUACAGCUGGAACAAAGAGGCCAAUGUGAUUUACCUGGAGACACCGGCUGGUGUUGGGUACUCCUACUCUGCUGAUGCUGCUUACUACCAGGGUGUGGAUGACAAGAUGACAGCAAUGGACAAUAUGGUGUUCCUGCAAAGGUGGCUCGAAAAGUUCCCACAGUACAAGGGCAGAGAGCUCUACAUUGCCGGAGAAAGCUACGCAGGGCAUUACAUCCCACAGCUCGCCGAGGCCACGGUCGAGUUCAACAAGAAGGACAGGAUCUUCAACCUCAAAGGCAUUGCUCUGGGCAACCCGGUGCUGGAGUUCACGACGGACUUCAACUCCCGCGCCGAGUACUUCUGGUCGCACGGCCUCAUCUCCGACGCCACCUACCGCGUCUUCACCUCCGUCUGCAACUACUCCCGCUACGUCUCCGAAUACUACGGCGGCUCGCUGUCGCCGCUCUGCGCUAGGGUGAUGAACCAGGUCACCCGCGAGACCAGCCGCUUCGUCGACAAGUACGACGUCACCCUCGACGUCUGCCUCUCCUCCGUGCUCUCCCAGUCCAAGAUCCUCACGCCGCACCAGCAGGUCGGGCAGCGGAUCGACGUCUGUGUGGAGGACGAGACGGUGAGGUACCUGAACCAGAAGGACGUGCAGGCGGCGCUGCACGCGAGGCUCGUCGGCGUCGACAAGUGGGCGGUGUGCAGCAGUGUUCUUGAGUACGAGCUGCUCAACUUGCAGAUACCGACCAUCGACAUUGUCGGAUCGUUAGUCAAGUCCGGCAUCCGGGUGCUAGUUUACAGUGGCGAUCAGGAUUCAGUGAUCCCGCUAACGGGGAGCAGGACGCUGGUCCAGAACUUGGCGCGAGAUAUGGGCCUCAAGACGACCACCCCGUACCGGGUUUGGUUCGAAGGGCAGCAGGUUGGAGGAUGGACUCAGGUGUACGGUGGUGGCACGCUGUCCUUCGCCACCAUCAGGGGAGCCUCACACGAGGCACCGUUCUCGCAGCCCGGGCGGUCGCUCGUGCUCUUCAGGGCCUUCCUGCAAGGCCAACCUCUGCCAGAGACCUUCUCAUGAUGAAUGGAUGUUUCAUUUGCAAUGCAAUGCAACUCUGAAGCAAGUUGCUGGUUCCUGCUACUGCAAGGGGUUUUGUACUGUAACUGUGUGAAUGUGUUUGAUGUAUUUGCCUCCUGCUGAUAGCGGUUUGAAGCUGCGAUAAGCGUGGUGUUCUUACGGUUUUGGUCCCUGUUUCUUCUGUAUCCGAGGCUCGGCAAUUGUCUAAAGAAGUUGAAGGAAUUGUGUCUCGGCGUGUGUUCUUGUAUGUAAA